AUGAUCCAAAACGUCCUCAUACAGCUCUUCCUGGCUGCCCUAGCCUUCGCAGCGCCCAUUACGGACGGUGGUGACGGGACCCUACACGCAAUGAACAAGGACAUGAUUGGCUACGGCACCGGCGGUGGCAUCGUCGGCCUGAUCGUUUUGGUUCUUGACGUCUUGGUGUUUAUCGAGGUCCUCAAAUCCAACCGCCCACCCAGCCACAAACUCCUCUGGUGUCUGAUCGUCUUCCUCUUCCCCAUCCUCGGCAUGCUCAUCUACUUCCUCUUCUCGAACCGCGAGGCCCACAAGACCGGCGGAGCCUACGAGCCCUUGCCAUAG